AUGAAUGAAAAUUUGCAAUAUUUAUUAGAGGAUCCAACAAGAUUUCAUUAUAAGGAAUAUUGGUUAAAGUCUAGCACAGAAGGAGAACGCGAAAUUUUAGAGCUCUUCUCAUUUGGAACUAUAUCAGAGCUAGAUGAUCUGCACUUCAAUAAAGGUAUAGUAUGGACGCCAAAUCUUAUUGAAAAAUUGAAUAAGUUGACUUUAAUAUCCAUGAGUGAAGAAUCUACCAAAUGGACAUACGAUGAAAUUUUCCAAAGAUGUAAAAUCAACGAUAUUAAUACCAUUGAACGAUAUCUAAUCCAAUUACAAGCCUUCUUUGAAGUGGAAAUAAAUUCUGUGGAGCAAACCAUUAGCAUAGUAAAAUAUUUUGAUUGUAGAGAUGUCUAUGGUGGUGAACUGCCUCUGAUGAUUCUCACAGAUGAAAAACUACGAAACACUAAGGAUCAAUUGGUAAAAGAUCUUGAACGAUGGAAGACAAAACUGUUAACUCAAAUAUUAGAGUAA